AUGAAAAGAAGUAGGCAGUCUAAAUCUUCUAUUACGGUUCAUACAAAAGUUGAAGAAAAUCCUAGUGAAUUUAGAAUUGAAAAUAACAUUUUAUUUUGUAACUUUUGUGAUCAUUUGAAAUCAACUAUUGAUUAUCAUCUUAAAA